AUGGCGCGGCCGAAUAAACCGAGCGCCACAGAAAAGCCGGUGAUUGGCGAGAAUAUGAGGAUUACCGUCGCGCAGAACCAGGUAGGCGAAAAUUUGAAUUUUCGGUGGGGUUUUAGGAUUUUACAAACAGUUUUCAAUAGUUUUCCGGGUCUGGAGCGAGUAAUACACGCAAAAACACUGUAACAACGCUCGAAAACCAUUUGUCCACUCAAUAAUUUGCCAAAAAACGUGAAUCGCCCUAGAGCUGUAAAAUCACUCAAAAACCACUUUUACACUGCUAAACACUAGAUUUUGAGAAUUUAGCACAUUCAUAUUUUCGCGUUCAGGGCGGCCGAAGGUACAUGGAAGACCGGUGUGUGGUGCACACGGAGCGCGGCGACAAAGGCGAACUUCUCUGGACGUUCGUCGGCGUUUUCGACGGCCACGGCGGCGAGCACGCGAGCGAAUACGUCCGGCGCCACCUGCUCAUGAACAUUAUUGUGAGUUCUGACCCAAUUUUUUGGUUUUCCACAAAACCUGUGUUUAGAGGAACUCAAAAUUCGAUUCGGACGACGACGACGAUAUUUUGGAGUCGAUUCGCACCGGAUUUCUGUACACGCACGAGCAAAUGCGGCACGUUUAUGGUAAAAGAGGUUCAGGACCAUUUUGAGACAAUUGUUCGGUUUCAGAAGAGUGGCCGUACACGGCGAGCGGAUAUCCGUCCACGGCCGGCACCACAGUCAGCUGCGUGUUCAUUAGGAACGGAAAGUUGUACACCGGACACGUGGGCGACUCGGCCAUUUAUCUAGGCAUUGACAGAAGUUGGUUUUCGGUUCAAAAUACUCAUUUUAAGAGUUCCAGUGAAAAUUUCAGUCUUUGUACGCAUUCUACAAAGAAAUUGAGUCAGUUUCAAACCCUAACUUGGUUGCACAUCAGGUUAUGGUUCAAAAUUGACCGCUUUGUAUUGUAGGAUGCGACAAAAGUUCAAAAAUAGGUUUUACAAGUAUUUUAGGCAAAGCUAGGCAUGGUUUUAUAAAUUUUACGCUUUGAGGUCACACCUCGCUCUCGACGCUUGCCGAAGGCUCCAUUGAAGCCCAAAAUGGUUCAUUUUCAGGCGGUACGCUGCGAGUUCGCCCGCUAACAGUGGAUCACAAGCCCGAGUCGUCGCACGAGCAGAUGCGGAUCACGAAGGCGGGCGGCGAGACGGCGAUAAAAAGUGGAGUAACUCGCGUGGUCUGGAAACGGGAAACCCGUGACAGUAGGGUGGUGUCCUACCGCAAACCCGUCGGCACCGAGACGAUUCCAUUUCUGUCGGUGGCGCGGUCCCUCGGCGAUCUGUGGAGCUACAACCCCGAAACGAACAUGUUCAUCGUGUCGCCGGAGCCGGAUCUCGACGUGCACACACUCACCGUCAACGACUUUUGCAUUCUGUUGGCCUCCGACGGAAUGACGAACGUGCUCACCGGCGAGCAGGCACUCACGAUCGCGUUCGACGAGGAGGCGCAGGUGAGCAAACGAUUUUGGCGCAUUUUGAACCGAAAACGAGCGAGUCUCGUUCGAAACUGUUCUUUGUCCAAGAAAUUCAGAAAUUGCUCCAAAUUUGCGGUUUUUCCACGUUGCCCCAUUUUUCUUCACAAAACGCGAGUAAAUCACACAAUUGCAGGUGGAAGCGAACAACGAAUUGAACCGAAACCACGCGAGAUGUGUCCUGCGAGCGACGCUCCAAAAGUGGCGAUCCUUGCGGGCGGACAACGUGACCGUGGCGACGGUUCUGUUCGAUUUGAGUCCGUUCGAGUUCGAGGAUAACGAGAUGCUCAUGAAACUGGGCCGAUACGUGAACUGUUCGCAGGCACUCACCGAUCGGCAAGACGCGAUGCUCCGGGUGUCCAAGUUUGAGAAUCAUUUGCUCGCGACGCAACGGUGUCCGGUCAUUUAUAACGGAUCCAAAGAUGCCAACUUUGCGCGCGUCAGCUAUCGGGGACCAGGAUUCAGGACUCACGAGGAGGAGCUUCUCGAGGAACGCCGGCAUCUGAUGAACCGAUUCGCGGAGGAGAAUGUCGAGAACUCGGGUGCCAUCUCGAUCGCCGGACCCACUUCUGAUGCCGUCGUUACGAAGGGUACAGUUUUCGAGAUAAACUUGAUUUCGUCGGGCCAAAAAGGCAUAGGUGCGGGAUGUUUGAGAAACGCCAAAUUAUUUUUCCGAACAAAGGUGUAAAAAUUGCUUGGCAAGUGGAUUUCGGUCCCGAAAAGCAAAUUUAAACCAAAUUGCAUAGAAAACGCGAAAACUCCACUAUUUGAUCUAAAUUUUUGCAGAUGAUCCGGAAAAAGAUGAAACAAUAGACUACGACGAUGAUGAAGAGGAAGAAGAGGAAGAGGAAGAAGAAGAUGCAUCGCAGGAAAUUUCGUUGAGUUUCCAGCUGAGCAAAGUGCAGAAGACGGUGACGUCGGCGGUGCCGAGCCCGCAAAGACCGCCCCGCCCACACGCUCCGAUGCCAGUUUUUGUGGCCGAGGAUUUGGAGGAGUACAAGGAUUCGCGGACGGAAUCAACGUCGUCUUCUUCGAAUUCGGAACCCUCGGGAACGCCGUCGAAAACGACGCAGCCGUCGGUGCGUCGCCUGAAAGCGGAAGCCGUUCGACGCCUACGCACUCCCAGAAUACAACAACAAGAAUCGCCGUCGCCGGAUCGAAGGAUCACCAGAUCGUUGACGACGGCGACGACGACGCCUUCGCCGCAGAAGACGUCGUCGUCAGAGCAGACGACGAAGCGAACGCCUGUGAUCGCAGUGAAUCUGAAUGUGUCGCCCGACGCCGUCCUCCACCUCACGCCGCGACGAUCGAGUCGGUUGAACGGAGGCGCCGGAAUGUGCACUCCGAAUCAGACGGCGUCGCCGCACGAAGCGGAGCAGCCACAUGGAUCCAACAAGUUGACCAUGAGGUUGGAAAGCACUCAAAUGUCGGCUUUUUGCGUUUUCCAUGAGAAAUUGCGCAAAUUUUUACGAUUUCCGUUGUUGCUGUUGAUUUCAAAGAUGUGUGCAAGCACAGCGCGGAAAGAGUGCAAAAUUUUUGAAAAAAAAAACAUGAAAAAUUGGGUUAACAUUUGAAUAAUAAUUUUUUUUUUGCAGUCGAAAACGCUUGCGCACCGAAGACGUCUCUUCUUCGGGCCUCCAAACUUCGACGCACCGCACCGCACUCGUCGGCCGCCCGUCCAUUCUGAGUCUGGCCACCGGGAUCACGCCGAUAGUCUCGUCGCUAUCCCUUCAAGACCCAUCCACUUCUUCUGCUUCCACUUCUUCUCUCUCGGCUCUCCUCGUAACUCCGUCCCGCUCGGCGCCGAGCACUCCGCAAAAACGCGACCGAUUUCUGCUUAAAAAGCCGUCGAAAUGGUCGCUUUCGCAGUUGGACGGCCGUAAGAAAACGGGAAAAACGGCCGAGGACGACGGAAUAAUUCGAGUGUCGGAAGUGGCCGACGACGACGAGGAGGCGGAGGAGGUGAUGCGCGAGCCGCCUUCGAAGAUUCGACGAUUCUACGGAUACAUGCGAAAAUUCAUUUGGGGAAAGUGA